AUGGCGUCUUCUCAAUCACUUGUGAUUCCUCUUGCCUCUGAUUCUUUCCGUACUUCGUCUGAUCAUUAUGAGAACCCCUAUUAUCUUCAUCAUAAUGAUCAUGCUGGAUUGGUUAUUGUUACCGAUCGACUGACGACAGCUUCUGAUUUUCACUCUUGGAAACGAUCUAUCAAGAUGGCGUUGAAUGUGCGCAACAAGCUCGGCUUCAUUGAUGGUACAAUCCCUAAGCCUUCUCUCUCACAUCGUGACUAUGGAGCUUGCUCUCGUUGCAAUGACAUUGUGGCUACUUGGUUGAUGAAUUCGGUAUCCAAGAAGAUAGGGCAGAGCUUGUUGUUUAUAUCUACUGUAGAGGGGAUCUGGAACAAUCUCAUAUCUCGAUUCAAGCAGGAUGAUGCUCCUCGCGUUUAUGAUAUUGAACAACAGUUGAGUAAGAUUGAGCAAGGCUCACUGGAUGUCUGUGCGUACUAUACGGAGUUGAUAACUCUCUGGGAGGAACAUCGUAACUUUGUGGAGCUUCCAGUUUGUACGUGUGGGAAAUGUGAGUGUGAUGCGGCAUCUUUAUGGGAGAAGCUACAACAUAGGAGCCGAGUGACAAAGUUUCUGAUGGGUUUGAAUGAGUCUUAUGAGCAGACGAGACGUCAUAUCCUUAUGCUCAAGCCGAUUCCCACAAUUGAAGAAGCUUUCAACAUUGUAACUCAGGAUGAGAGACAACGUUCAAUUCGUCCUGUUACUGCAGUUGAUAAUGUAGCUUUUUAUACUGUGAAUCCUUCUACUGUGGUUGUUGAUCCUGCUUAUGUUGCAGCUUACAAUGCAGGACGUGCUUAUCAGAAACCCAUUUGUACUCAUUGUGGGAAGACUGGUCACACUGUUCACACCCAUUUGUACUCAUUUGUAGCUUUUCAUACUGUGAAUCCUUCUACUGUGACUUAUGGAGCACCACAUUCUCAGAACAGGACUCAGUCUCAAUCUCGUGCAUCACACACUCCUGCUAAACCAACUUCUCAAGAUUCAGCACCACAGGCUACUUUGACUAAUGCUGUAGCAACAGUCUGUGCUGAUACAGAUUCACGGUUCAUCUCACAACUUCCACCAGUUUCUCCUCAUUUGACCAGUGGAGGAAUGAACUUGAAUUUGCAAAGCUUUACUCCACAACAGAUUCAGAGUUUGAUAACGCAGUUCAAUGCUCAUGUCCGAGUUUCAGAGCCUCAAUGUUCUUCUGGUACAGUUACAUUCCCUUCUAUAAACCUUACCUUUGAGAAUAAUACUCUUCAUUACAAACAUCAUUAUCUUUCCACUUUACAAUCAUUUCUUCCUAAAGAUGCUUGGAUCAUUGAUAGUGGAGCAUCUAGUCAUGCUUGUUCUGACUUAGGGAUGUUUGAUAGCUUUGUACCAGUUUCCUCUGUCACUGAUGCCUUCCCCGCUUUUGGAUAA